CACGUACUACGGUAACCGUCUCGACGUCUCUGUACUUGUUCCAAACUUCCCUCAGUUAUCUUUUGUCAUCAAGGAUAGAUAAAAGGAUCAAAAUUUAGUUUCAUCGUGUGUGCAAGUCAACCGUUACAUCAAUGGCAGUCGAAACCAAACCUGAAACACUUGUUCCGGAACUCUGGAGUGCACAGGAGCACAAAGGGGGGUCAGAGGAGCUGGGAGUUGAAUACUCACUCUCUAAGGACUCCGACCUGUCUUUGGUCUUGCAAGAGUUUCCAGAAGGUGGUCUUGCCGCUUGGUCCACUGCUUUUGGAUCGUUUCUCAUAUUGUUCUGCAGUUGGGGUUACAUCGCAUCAUUUGGUGUCUACCAAGACUUCUAUACUGGAAAUUAUCUCGCAAAUGAGACAUCAUUUGCUAUUUCAUUCAUUGGGAGCUUCAAUACAUUUUUAGGCACCUCUGUGAGCCUUGUAUCAGGCACACUAUACGAUCGAGGUUAUUUUUACCAUCUUGUCAGUUACCGGGUCGCUGCUGCAGAGUUUCUCUCUCUUCAUGCUGUCAUUGGCGAAGCCCAAUCAAUACUAUCAGGCUUAGGCUCAGGUAUCGCGUUGGGGUUGCUGUACAUCCCGAGCCUGGCCAUCGUCUCGCAUUAUUUCAGACGGAAACGCACACUGGUGAUGGCAUUCGUUACUAUGGGCUCAUCGCUGGGUGCUAUCGUCCAUCCAAUUAUGCUUAAUAAUCUCCUGAAUGGGCGCCUUGGUUUUGCCAACGGUGUACGUGCAAGUGCAGGGUUAGUUAGCGCGCUCCUUUUGAUUGCAUGCUUGUGUAUGCGAACACGCCUUGAUCCGCCGACGACACCAGUGAACUAUAUCGUGGCAGCUAGAAAGUGUCUUCGUGAUAUUCCGUUCUUUUUCGCGACAGUAGGGGCGUUUCUUUUCCAGAUUGGCGUUUACUACCCGACAUUUUUUCUUCAACUCGAUUCUACCCAACAUGGUAUCAGCAUCACCUUUUCGUCUUACUCUCUUGUGAUUUUAAACGCGUCCAGCUCUGUGGGACGAGUUUCAGCAGGAUAUAUCGCAGGGUAUAUAGGAGUCCUCAACUUGACCGUGAUUUCGGCAAUCUCGUGCGGAUUGAUACUUUUGGGCACUAUUGGAUUGAGUAGCCUGGCCAGCGUCGUUAUCAUUGGUGUGCUUUUUGGCUAUUUUCAAGGGGUGUACACUGCGUUAUUGAGUCCACUUAUGGCUACCCUAACACACAACCCCUCUGAGCUUGGCGGGUGGAUGGGUAUCAGUUUCUUUCUUGGCGGAUUCGGAAGUUUGAUUGGAACACCCAUAUCCGGUGCCCUACUUACAUCAAAUUAUAUUUGGUGGAGACCCGCUCUGUUCUCUGGGAUCGCUGCACUGGCCGGUGCCGCAAUGUACAUUUUCAUGCGGCUCGUUCACAUUAGAGUGCAGAAGCAGAAUGAAUCAUGAUGAUUACCGCUGCACGGCUCCUUUCUGCUUGUCUCUAUGGCGUAUGUAAUUUGAUUAUAGUAACAAUUCGUUAUACUGGGCCGGAUUUUGCGUGACGCGGAUGUGACGCGGCACUGACGAUCCUUGACGCGGCCACUGACGCGCCAUUCCUAUAUUCUAUAUCCAACUUCCAGAUCAAGUUGGAUGAGUUCACGACCAUUCUUUUGUUAUUUUAUUUGCCUCAGAGCCAUGUACAACUAGGUAUACAUAAGCCAAUGACUAUUUUCUUUUCCUCCCUCUCUGGACCCUUCGAGCCUGUGGAGCACAUCGACGUUUAACGGGCGGACAUUCUUCAACAGGCAGAGAAGGAACUACAGCUUCGGAUAGCUCAUCUGCAGACUCCAAAGAUGUAACAUCAGAGUUAUCACUGAAUAAGGGGCCGCGCU